AUGCCAAAUCCGGUAUUAAUAAAGUUUGUAUUAGCUUUUAGCACUAUCACCACAAAUCUGCGUGAUUCGCUAGGGAGACCUCCGAAAUUUCCCAACAAUCUAAAAGAUUUACCAGCGAUGUCACAAGAAGGUGGACACAGUUGCGCUGCGAAAUGCAAUCUUCCGGACACUAGUCGCAUGGUCGCCUGCGAUCGUUGCGGCCUAUGGUGGCACUUCGAGUGCGUGAACAUCGGAGACAGCAUCAACGAGAAAGACUUCCUGUGCCCUAAAUGUAAAUCGGAAGCCGAGCCUCCUCGAAACACUUCGGUUGCCGGAUCCAUUUCUUCCGCCAGUUCCUCGCAGCGACGUGCACUUCUCGAAUUGAAGAAGUUAGAGGAAAUUAAAGCGCUGCAGCUGCAACAACUGGACAUCGAUAGGCGCGAGCAGGAACAACGUUUCGAGCUCGAGAAACUCCAGCAUACUACGGCCAUGGAGCGGAAGAAGCUGGAACUAGAAAAGAAAUUUCUGGACGAUAAAUAUCGGGUGAUGACGAAGGAAGACGGCGACGAUGAUGACGGGAGAAGCCAAAAAUCUGCCCGAAGUUCCGACAGCAAUGUUCUGCGAUGGAAAGUGGAUCGACUUCUGGCGAGCACAACAGUAACGACGAUUGCCUCGACGCUCCCAGAGACAGCUUCCGCACCAGCGACGACUGCGACAGCGAACAUCAGUGUUGGUCAGGUGCGAAUCUCCGAUGAUCCGGUGCAAUCAGCUUCAGGAAUUUCAAAGCAACCUGCAACAACCACUUCCGGACCACUGUCAGGUACCAACAUCAACAACCCAGCAAAUAAGGUCUAUACCGCUGUAUCAAAUGUGAUGCCUAAUUAUAUACCGAUAAACACUUACGUUAGCACGUCUAUUCGCGAACCGAUACUGUCGACGGGUACGAUUCCUAAGCGUAACACUUUUCCGACGACGUCGAAUUUGCCUACGAUGCAGCUACCGUCCGCUGCUCUACCGCAGGUUCCAGGGCAACAAUAUUCGCUUAAUCCCGGUAAAUCGAAUCCUAGUUUUGUGUACCCUAAUAUUUCACGCUGUGCUCCGAGUGCUGGUGCAGAACUUUAUCCACCGAGUCAGCCGAUUUCGACGGCCGCGGAUUGCGGUCCGAUAUUUUUCCCGCAGCCUGGAGCUGCACCCUUCGCUACCCAUGCUGAGAGAGCCUAUCGUAUGCCGGGUUCUUUCGUUCCGGAGCAGUUUGUUGCUGUACCUACGCUGAACGAUUCAUCGUAUCCAGGGCCGAACGAUUAUCUGACGUUUUUUCCUACGCAUCCAGGGGCGACUAUCAUCCAAGGGGACGUUCCCGCUCGGGCGAACUUCGACGCUGCAAAUGAUUCCGGAGGUUUCGAGCAACACAUGAACAGCCGGGCAUUUCAAGGACCCACCCCCCAACAGUUGGCGGCCCGCCAAUUCAUGGCACGUGAUUUGCCGACAUUCUCUGGCGAUCCAGAGGACUGGCCCUUAUUCUCGAGCAUGUACUACAAUUCCAGCCAAUCAUGUGGGUUGUCUGAUACCGAAAACUUGAUGCGUUUGCAACGUAGCUUACGAGGCCAGGCGUUCGAGGCGGUUCGUAGCAAACUUUUGCUUCCGAAUUGUGUUCCGGAGGUGAUGGAAACUUUGAAAGCCCUCUUUGGCAGACCGGAGAUGCUGAUUCAAAACCUGUUGAAGAAGGUUAAGGAAACGCCUGCACCAAAAUCGGAUAAGCUCGAAUCUCUCAUAGCUUUUGGGACAGUGGUACGAAAUUUAACGGAUCAUCUGAUAGCUGGUGGUCAAGUCGCGCAUCUAAAUAAUCCUAAUCUUCUUUUCGACUUGGUCCAAAAAUUGCCUGCGGAUAGACAAAUUCAAUGGGUCAUGUACAAGGGACAAUUCAGUGAUCCGAAUCUCCGGACUUUUGCACAUUUUUUAUCUAUCCUGGUGAAUGCUGCUUCCGAGGUGACGCCCUUUUUGAAUAGUAAACCGGAUUCACGACAACCUAAAUCCGGUGGCUCAGGAGCUCGGGGUUUUAUCCACACACACAUCGCGCAAAAUACUAAGGUCGAGGUGCCAAAUUCGUCGGUUGAAAGCUCCGGUAAUAACGACAAAAUGUGUAAGGUCUGUCGUAAGUCCGAUCAUCGGGUCAAGGACUGUGUCGAGUUCAGGAACAAGAGUGUCGAGGAUCCGAGUGUAAAUAGCCAUCGUCACGCAAACCGCUCGUCGCUUUUCCGAAUCCUGCCGGUGACGUUGCACUUUGGAGGAAGAUCCGUGAAUGUUUUUGCUUUCUUCGAUGACGGGUCGUCGAUUACUCUCGUGGAGAACAGCAUAGCAGAGGACCUAGGGAUUGAAGGAAAAGGUGGAAUUUUGUGCCUAACGUGGACAGCCGACGUAACACGGGAUGAACCCAACUCGAAGUGGGUCUCGUUUGAUAUUUCCGGGGAAAAUUCCGCUCACCGAUACCAUUUGAACAAUGUGAGAACAGUAGAUAAUCUGGCUCUUCCGGGACAAACUUUGGAGUACAAACGAUUAUCCGAGCAGUACCCACAUCUUUCUGGAAUUCCGAUGAUAGAUUACCAAAACGCUGUGCCGAAAAUACUCAUUGGCAACGAUAAUGCGCAUCUAGCAGUUCCUCUCCGUCGACGAGAAGGUAGCAGCGACGCACCCAUUGCGACUAAGUCUCGUCUGGGAUGGACCAUCCACGGGCCGAUAUUCGAACAUACAAAAUCGGGUCCGCAGUAUAAUUUUCAUCUUUGCCAGUGCUCCACGAAACUUGAAACGUUGCAUGAUCUCGUAAAACAAUCGUUUACCGUUGAGAACCUGGGAAUCAGUUUCCGCGGAACUUCCGAAUCGGAUGAGGAUCGGCGUGCUCGAAACAUACUCGAGGCUACAACAAGACGAGUCGGUCAAAGGUUCGAAACCGGCUUAUUAUUCAAAUAUGAUUAUCUAGAAUUUCCCGACAGUCGUCCCAUGGCGCUGAGGCGCAUGCAGUGUCUUGAACGGCGAAUGGCCGCCGAUCCUGUAAUAGGAAACAGUGUCCGAAAACAGAUAUCGGAGUACCUACAAAAGGGAUAUCUACGAAAAGCAACAGAAACCGAUCUGAAUGAAACAGAUCCUCGCCGGGUGUGGUAUUUACCACUUGGGAUCGUCAUUAAUCCUAAAAAACCCGGGAAAAUCAGAAUAUUCUGCGAUGCAGCGGCGAAAGUAGAUGGAGUGAGCUUAAAUAGUGUUCUGAUUAAAGGUCCUGAUUUAUUGCUAUCCCUCCCGAGAGUACUGUGCGGGUUCCGUGAAAAAAAAGUAGCCGUAUGCGCGGACAUAAGGGAGAUGUUUCAUCAGGUCCUGAUACGUGACGCCGAUGUUCAGGUCCAACGAAUACUGUGGAGAGACGACCCGAAACUGGAGCCUACCGUUUUUCUCAUGAAAGUUGCCACCUUUGGAGCCACCUGUUCACCCUGUUCGGCGCAAUAUGUGAAGAACAAAAACGCAAAGGAGUUUGAACUACAGUAUCCGGCCGCCGUAAAUUCGAUUAUCCACCACCACUAUAUGGACGACUAUCUAGAGAGCUUCGAUACCGAAGAGGAAGCUGCGCAGAGGGCUCGAGAAAUAAAGUAUGUCCACGCACAGGCUGGCUUCGAAAUCCAUUCGUGGUCGUCGAAUUCUGAACGGGUUUUGAACGUCGUUGGAGAAGCUGAUCCGUCUGCGGUCAAAAGGUUCGAUACGAGUGUGGAGUGUGAAACAGAACGUAUCCUGGGAAUGUUGUGGCUGCGACAAGAAGAUUCAUUCACGUUUUCUUCCAAUUUCGCGAGUAUUCCUGACUGGCCGACGAAGCGGGAGGUGUUACGCACCGUCAUGAGUCUUUACGAUCCUUUGGGCCUCCUUUCACACUUCACGAUUCACGGGAAAAUCUUGAUACAGGAUAUCUGGCGAAGCGGCAUUUCGUGGGAUCAUCCGAUUCCGGAAUCUCUUCAAGUAAGCUGGAAGCGAUGGGUGUCGUUGUUUUCGGAGCUGGAUAAAAUACGAAUCCCUCGUUGCUAUUUUCCGGAAUGCGUCUCAACAGAACUCGAUGAUCUCCAACUCCAUAUGUUUGUAGACGCUAGCGAAGCUGCCUACGGAUGUGCCGCAUAUCUGAGAGCUACUGUCGAAGGAGCUGUCCGUUGCGUCCUAGUUGCAGCGAAAACCAAAGUGGCGCCAUUGAAAACCCUGUCGAUACCACGUCUCGAACUACAAGCUGCGCUCAUAGGAAGUCGUCUUCUCGAAAAUGUCAACACUAUGCAUUCCUACAAAGUUCGCCAACGUUUCAUUUGGAGCGAUUCUAAAACUGUUAUGUCCUGGAUAAACUCAGAUCAACGCAAGUUCAACCAGUUUGUGGCGUGCCGAGUCGGAGAGAUUUUGGAGAGAACCGAUGUGAGCGAAUGGAGGUGGAUUCCAACUAAAUUGAACGUGGCCGACGAUAUGACUAAGUGGGCAUCCCCUCCGGAUUUUUCCUCGUCUGGUAGAUGGUUUUUGGGUCCGGAUUUUUUGUACGAAGAUGUGGAAACGUGGCCUCGGCAGAACUCCAUUGUGGAAGAGACGAACGAAGAGUGCCGUAAUCGCAAUGUGGAGAGGGUAACUGUACACGCUGCUUAUGAGCCGGAGCCGAUGAUCAAUUGGAGAAACUUCUCUCAGUGGAACCGACUUGUCCGAGCGGCGAGCUAUGUGUAUCGUUAUUUGUGGAAUUUACGACGGACGGCGAAGGAGGAACCGCUUAAGCUGGGGUUACUCGACCAAGAAGAAAUUGAGGCAGGGGAGAUGUUUGUCUACCGUUGUAUCCAGAAAGAGUCGUUUGCCGAAGAACUCGCCCUCUUAAAACGAUCCCGAUCGCCUGACGGAAAGAGUCGGACCCUCAAACCCACCAGCAAACUUUCGCAGCUAUCUCCGUUCAUUGAUGAUCGCGGCGUUCUCCGGAUGGAGUCCAGAAUAAGUGUGGCCGCCUUCGUAUCCUAUGAUACCCGAAAUCCAAUAAUAUUACCACCUGAAAGCCGAGCAACGCAUCUCUUAGUGCAUGAGAUGCACAAGAAAUAUCUGCACCAAAAUCACGAGACGGUCGUCAACGAGAUCCGGCAGAAGUUUCACGUGUCACGCCUGAAGUCGCUGGUUCGUCGAGUAUCAAAAGAUUGCCUUCACUGCCGGGUUUCGAGUAGGCGCUCUACCGUCAAGCGCUGGGUGGCCCUCUUCACCUGUUUAACCAUCAGGGCGGUGCAUUUGGAGGUGGUUCAUUCUCUAACGACGAUGUCCUGUAAGAUGGCGGUGCGGCGUUUCGUUGGCCGGAGGGGGUCUCCGGUCGAGAUCUACUCCGACAACGGGACCAACUUCUGUGGAGCCAGGAACGAGCUGAUGAAGGAUUGGGACGAGAUCAACCAUCACUUAGCCAACUCAUUCACGAACUCGAAGACCAAAUGGCGAUUAAACCCCCCAUCGGCACCCCACAUGGGAGGAGCAUGGGAGCGGCUCGUCAGGUCCGUCAAAGUUGCCUUUUAUGCGAUGAGCACUACGAAGACCCCCAAUGAAGAGACAUUUGCUACGUUGAUUGUUGAAGCUGAAGCCAUCGUCAAUUCGAGACCACUGACUUUCGUUUCCCUCGAAAAUGAUUCCCAAGAAGCGCUCACACCCAACCACUUUAUGCUGCUGAGUUCGAGUGGAACGGUUCAACCUCCCAAAGAAACUCUGGAACCUAAAUUAGCAACAAGAGACGACUGGAAUUUGAAUCGCCAUCUUGCGGAUAUGUUUUGGCAUCGUUGGGUGAAGGAAUACUUGCCGGUGAUAGCCCGACGCACUAAAUGGUUUUCCGAGACGAAGGUGUUGGAAUGCGGAGAUCUGGUAGUUGUGGUGGAUGAAACUCUUCGAAAUGGUUGGCUGAGAGGACGAGUGACAGAAGUACGAACAGGUGCAGACGGACGAGUGCGCCAAGCUGUGGUGCAAACAUCUUCAGGGAUUGUUACGAGACCGGUAGCAAAGAUAGCGGUUUUAGAUCUCUGUACUCGUAAGCCGUCGAUGGAUACUUUGCCUUACGGGAGGGGGGAUGUUACCGCUGCUUUGAACGGUCCCUCUGAUCAUUCUCGUACCCCUCGAUUGACAGAACAGAAUGACAGAAAUUGA